UCGCGCUGUGUUUUGCGAUCCGCGCUCUCUUCGGUCUGGGGUCGGCGAUCGGCAAAACCUGUCCGGCGGCUGCGUCGGCGCAUCAAAUCUUUUGGACGACCAGAACAACAGGCCAGCAAGGGCAACCAGCGUCUCCAGGGCUUCUCUACCCGGUGAUAUGCGAGCAAGAUGAUCCAGCUAAAGACGAUGCUCAAUUGCAUCGACAACUCCGGUGCCGCAGUUGUCGAAUGCGUGAACGUCCUCAAGAAGCACUCUCCUGCCACUAUCGGUGACCGCAUCAUCGUCGUCGUCCAGAAGCAGCGCAACUUCGGCCCGGAGAGCUCAACCAACAGCGGUAUCGCCAACAAGGUCCGAAGAGGAGACAUCCGACACGCCGUCGUUGUCCGUGCUAAGAAGGAGGUUCAACGGCCCGAUGGAAGCUUCAUCAAGUUCGAUGACAACGCCUGCGUUCUGAUCAACAAGUCAGGAGACCCGAUCGGAACGAGAUUGAACGGUAUUGUGGGAGCGGAGCUACGAGGCAAACAAUGGUCCAAGAUUUUGUCAUUAGCACCUAUGCAUUUGUAAACUAGUAUAAGAAUCAAUCAAGAAGUCCAUCUCCAAAUCAACGCUUCCUUAUUUUUAUUUGGCGCUCCCGAGCUAUGCAUAACGAGCUCGAACCAUCAACAAUUUAUCAAUAUCCCAACAAUCGCCUAA